AUGGAGGAACUUUCAUCCUUUGACAAGGAAGACAAACGCGUAAAACAUGCUGUAGUUCCGAGUUCUGUAAAUGAUAAUAAGGUGGUCAAGUUAUCUCAAAAGACGCUUACUACAAAAAAAAUAGUCCGUAAAGUCCUACCGGAGGAAAAAUAUGUGAAAAAUCUGGAAAAAAUUAUUGAGAAAGACUAUUUUCCGGAACUCAAAAAGAUGCAGGCACAGAAAGAUUAUCUGGAAGCUGUUGCCAACAAGGACGUCGUCAAAAUUCGCGAACUUCAAAUGAAAUAUUGUAGCGGAGCGAGUAUUCGAACGAAUUGCAGCUUCAGAACGCCUGGAACGUCGACGAGCAUGGUUGAAAUUGAGGAUACGCCGAGUUCUUCAACUCCGGCUUAUGAAAGAACGCCAGCGGAAGGAAACGACCUCGAUUGGAUUCACGAAAAUCUUCCGUAUGCAAAUGAAGAAGGAGAUAACGAGGCAAUUGCACGAAAACGGCGGAAAAAACAAAAUAUCAAUCUCACGACUUAUCUUAACAAGUUCACAUCUGAAGACAAUGCAUCAUUUGAAGAACUUGCGCAAGUUACGAAGGAAAGGGAAGAAGCCAAAAGGAAGUGGUUGUAUGAAGCAGAAGAAAAGCAUAAUAAAGAAAAGAUUGCUUAUCAACCAAUCGCUGCUGAAGCUGAUGUGCAGCUCGCCAUUAAGAGUGCAUCCGAUGCUGACGAUCUACGACCAAAUGCAGUCGAUAAUUGGAAGUACACAGCUUGGAACACAGUUCUAUUCAAUCCCGAUGGUGUCUCGCUUACAAAGCAAGAAGCGAUCGAAGCAGCGAAAAAGCAAAAAAUCGAAAUAAACAAAAACGCUACCCGAUUUCCUGGCGAUUUAAAGUUAAAGCCGAGUGACGAGGCAAUGUCUCGCGCUGCUGUCAACCAGGCAUUGAAUAAUGUCGGUAAAGUCGACGUUCUCGGACAAGAAGUCAAUCCAACCAAUUCUCUGAAACUGCUUGCGACGCCUCAGCCAGAUCCAGAAAUCAUGGACUCGCCGCUGAUGACGUGGGGAGAAAUCGACGGAACACCUUUUAGAUUAGAUCAACCGGAUUUCUCGGAGCCUUCCAGUGGAGCGCCCACAUUUAAAAUACCUGAUAUUCCUUUUCGUGAAAAAAUCGCCCAAAACAUGCACGACUCAAUAGCUGAUAAGUAUCGAGAAAAACGGAAAAUUGCAAUGAAAGCAGCAGAAGGAGCACACAAAACGCCUGGUUUCGGUUCCACGAGAAAGAUGCAGAAAUUGGCUCAAUUGUCCCCAGCUGCCCAACGAUUUGCAUCGAAGAAGCUUGGUCUUCAAGUUGCGAAGACACCAGCUCCACAAGAAUCAUUAUCAAUCAGAAGUUGGAUUAAAAGCCCUGCACGUGCAAGCACAACUCCGGGCUCUUCGUGGAGUUCAGGUGCUCAAACACCUCGAACUCCUAUUUUAUCAAUGGUCCGAAAGAAGGAACCAACGAAGGAUGAUGAUCGAGCAAAAGCAGGCGAUUUCUUCUAA